AUGGCAGACCCAAUUGAUAGAACUGAAUUGUUUAAUGAACUAAAGAAUAGAAAUAACAUGGGUGACAAAAAAUAUCACUCGGAAUCAUCGAUACAAAAUUAUGCAGAGGAAGACGAGUUCCCGGGCAACAAUGACGAAAAUGAUCCUGGGAUACAUAAUGUGGCGAUGAACAGCUUAGCUGUUCCAGACGAUCGGGAAAGGAGACGUGCCGUGUCCCAGCCUGGACCUAAUGCUGGGGGAGCGAACACGGCUACCCACUCCAGAGCAGCUCGUCGGCGACCUCGAGUAGUAUACGCUGAUAAUGUACACGACACCAGCGAUAAACCGUCACCAAAAUCUUCAACACCGACAAAAGGGGAUGAUUCCGGCAUUGGUACACCGACGGGGAACUACCGUAUCUAUACAUCAGUGAACGACAUGCGUAUGACGCCCCGCAAGAGGUCCGUGGCUACCAUGGACGCGCAGUCCAUACGCUCGGUAGAAACUCACGCGCCACCGCCUACUAAUCCAGAGGAUAAUAAAAGACAGACCAAAAAGUAUCUGACAUUGAUGUCCAGUUCCAUGUACGCAAUAACACUGGUGACCUUAGGGUUAAUAAUCUACUUAGGAGACAUAUUCGUCGAGUACUCUGUUUCGGCGAUAUAUUCUAUUGUACUUUGCAGUAUCGGAAUUCUGUAUCACAUAUAUUUAAUUGUUGACAUUAGUCGAUAUAAAUCAGCGGCACUAAAAAUUCAGAAAAUUAAAACUUUGCAUGAAGAAAAGAUGAAUCAAUUUUUUAGAAGUCAAGAGGAAGAUUUCAACGUAGAAUCGCCAGGGGAGCGUACUCCUGAACUGUCUACUAAACCUACAAAUAUACCGGCCCCGGUGCUGAAACCUUUGAAACAUGACUACUGCUUCAGCCACGGCAGACAUUCCGGCAGUUUUUAUCUUAAACUCGGUGCUGCUGGUUUUGCACUGGGUCACCUGAUACACUCAAUGUUACUUUUUGCAGUUCAGAUCAGUUUGUUAAUGGACGAUAACAUCGACAAUGACAAGUGUAUCGAUUAUCUGCAGUUGACUCUCGAUGUUAUGUCCCCAAUAUACUGUUUCAUGCAACUCUAUUUUAUUUUUAAAUACUCCAAUGUAAUUAUUCUACGGGCUCAGAGCGUUGCUUACGUAGCCUUUAUGCACAUGAUAGGAAGUAGUCUCUGUUUUUGGAUUUCCGCUAUAGUCCGAGAGACAAUUUUGGCGUUAACAAUAUACGCUAAUUCAGUGUAUGGUAAUGGUUACGGCAGUAAUGAAACAUCAUACUCCGCUGCAAGAGCUGCAGAAGUUAUUGAGGAUACCAGCGAUAUAUACUCAUACUUGAAUAGGAUUUUUGACGUCAGUGGACUAUACAACCCGGAAUGCAUCGGUCCACCCGCAGUGAACUCCAUUUACGAGAACUUCUCGCCCUAUCUAUACCCCUUCACAGUGGAAUUUAAUAUUCUUAUAGUGGCGGUGUACUAUAUAAUCUGGAGCAACAUUGGGCACUGUACCAAUGAAGACAAUGUUAUAAGUUCUGAUAUAAACUCUAGUCUAGAUGAGAACUAUCCAAUUUGCAAAAUACCUACAGCGAAUGAAGACAAUGACUUCACGAGUAACGUGGUGAUCCAUGCGGACUGCCAUGCGUCCAACCGCGGUCUUUUCAUGGGACUGAUGAUGACAGUCGUCAUAGCUGGUAUGCUUAUACUUGGCUUCGUGUUCAGCAGCGUUGGAGAUGAACUAUUAGAAGUUGGCUACCUUCUGAAUGACUGCACUAAACUAGGAUUACACUCUAUCAUGUUAAUUACUGUUAUAUUUGCGUAUAACCAGUUACGCAAGUUGGAUAUUAACGAACACCCCAUUUCUCUUCUUGAUGACGUUCUACUGUUCAUCUGUUUACCAGCUUUCAUAUUGGAGGCUGUUCUUUCCAUGAUAGCGACGAUAAAUAUAUUGAAUAUUGUUAAAACUGUUGAUUUUGUUGUUAUGAUCAUACAAGUUUUUAUUCAAACACCCCUUAUCAUGGAUGGACUGCGCCGAUGCAGUAAUUCCAAGAAGCUCCGCCGGAGGAAACCAGGGCGAGAACUCCUCAUGUUCCUACUCAUCAUCAACGUGGGCAUGUGGCUUUUCAACACUUUCUCCUACAAAUCACCAGAUAGUCUCGAUGAGAGAUAUACUUUUUACGGAAAAGUUCUAUGGUCUAUACUAGGCCAUAUCAGUUUACCAUUAAUAAUGUUCUAUAGAUUCCACUCAAGUGUAUGCUUUGCGGAUAUUUGGAACUCUGCUUACAAGCCUGGUUCAGACCACUGA